UCAAGUGAGAAAGUGAAAGCAAAUGUUCAAACUUCAGAAAACAUUCACAUACACACAGGCAGUCUUGUCACUCGGACUAAUUUUCACUCUACAGUUAUUGGCUACUUCACUUUUGAUAAUAUGGAAGUGUCACAGACAGUUACAGAGAACAGAAGAAUUGUCAUGGUGGGAAAAACUGGAGUUGGGAAAAGUAGCCUGGCUAACAUCAUAUUUGAAGAGAAUGUGUUCGAGAUCGACCUUAGUCUAAACUCUACAACAAAAGAAUGUCAAGACGAAAAUACAUCAGUCAACGGAAGAAUGAUCACUUUGAUUGACACUCCUGGUUUCUUUGACACAGAGAGAUCUGAGGAUGAGCGGAAGCGUGAGAUAGUGAGGUGUAUCACACAGUGCUCUCCUGGGCCUCAUGCUUUUCUCAUUGUGCUUAAAGUGGAGACAUUCACAGAGCAGGAGCAGGCUGUCAUCAACAAAAUACACGAAUAUUUUUCUGAAGGAGUCUUCAAAUAUGCAACAGUUCUCUUCACUCAUGGUGACCAGCUCACUGAAGGACAGACAAUUCAAAAUUUUGUCAGUCAGAAUAAGUUCAUGAAGGAUUUGGUCAAGAAGUGUGGUGGCAGGUGCCAUGUCAUUGAUAAUAAAUACUGGAAAGACAACCCAAAUGAUGAAUACAGGAGCAACAAGUUCCAGGUGGAGGAGCUACUUAAGUCCAUAGACAACACAGUGACGGAAAACAAUGGAUGCUGCUACACCAAUGAGAUCAGAGAGCAGGCUAAAGUCACAGUAUCCACAAAGAUUUGGAUCAGACUGGCAGGUACUACAACAGGUGCAUUGUUAGGAGCUUUGUUUGGUGUAGUAGCGGUUGAAGCAGUAUGUGUUACAGUUGGAAGCAAAUUUAAAGAUCUAGUCGGAUUACCAAAAUCAGUGGCAGGAGGAGCAACUGAAGGAGAAAUAGCAGCAGUGGUGGUAGUAGGAACAGCAGCAGCAGUGGGAGGUGUAUUAGGGGGCAUGAGAGGAUUUGAAGCAGCUGAGGGAGCAGACACAGCAUUGGAAGCUACAAAGAGGGCAGCAGUGGCUGUCAAGGAUGACGCCAUAUCUGUCUAUAAUGCAGCAUAUGAUGUUUUGAACAAAAUGUUCACAUCAAAGUUUUCACAUACACAGGAAGUCUUCACUCGGACUCAUCUUCACUGCACAGCUAUAGACUUCACUUUUGAUAACAUGGGCAGUAAGGGGUCAAAGACAGUUACAGAGACAGACAGAAGAAUUGUCAUCUUGGGAAAAACUGGAGCUGGGAAAAGCAGCCUGGCAAACACCAUAUUUGGAAAGGAUGUGUUCAAAAUCGACCAUGGUCUCAACUCUACAACAAAAAAAUGUCAAGCAAAAACCAGGUCUGUCAAUGGAAGAGAGAUCACUUUGAUCGACACUCCUGGUUUCUUUGACACAAGGGGGAGACCGGAAGAUUUGGAGCCUGAGAUAGUGAGGUGUAUCACAGAGUGCGCUCCUGGGCUUCAUGCUUUUCUCAUUGUGCUUAAAUAUGAGAAAUUCACAGAGCAGGAGCAGGAUGUCAUCCAAGAAAUACUCAAAAACUUUACUGAAGAAGUCUUCAAAUAUGCAACAGUUGUCUUUACACAUGGUGACCAACUCCCUAAAGGACGGAAAAUAAAGGAUGUUCUCCGCCAGAAUAAGCUUGUGAGAGGUCUGGUGGAGAAGUGUGGUGGGAGGUGCCAUGUCUUUGAUAAUACAAACUGGAAGAAAAACCCAGAGGAUAAAUACAGGAACAACGAGUUCCAGGUGAAGGAGCUACUUAAGUCCAUAGACAAGAUGGUGAAAGAAAACAAUGGAAGCUGCUACACCAAUGAGAUGCUACAAGUAGUGGAGGAGGAAAUACAACAAGAGGAGGAGGAAAUACAACAAGAGGGGGAGCACACUAGACUGUUACCACCAGGAAACAUGUCAAAGAAAGAGAUCAGAGAGCAGGCUAAGGCCAGAGUAUUUAAGAAGCUUUUGAUCAGACUGGCAGGUACUGCAGCAGGUGUAGUGUUAGGAGCUUUGUUCGGUGUAGUUGUGUCGGUUGGUGUAGUUCUUACAGUUUUACGGGAAUCUUCAAAGCCAGUACAAUUAAGAGGAGCUAUAGCCAAAACAGCAGCAGUGGUAGGAGCAGGAGCAGUUGGGAUAAUAGGAGGAAUAGCAACAGGAGGAGCUGUAGCAGCAGUUGGAGCAUCACCUGCUAUCAUAGUUACAGCGCUACCUGCUGCAGUGGGAGCAGUGGUGGGAGGUGUUACAGGAUAUAAUGCAGCUGAGGCAGCAGACACACCAUGGGAAGCAGCAAAACUGGCAGCAGAGGCUAUCAAGAAUAAAUCCCAGUCUAUUCUGGAUAAAGCAAAUGAUUUAAUGGACAGGGUGUCAUAACCAAAGUUAAAACAAAAUCAAAUCCUAUAAUGUAUCAUGAUUAAAGAAAGGGUGGAUAAUUUGUCUUUAAAAAGUCUGUCUGCCUGUUUCUUGUUCUAAACAAUCUUUAACCAUUAAUGAUCAUUUGUAUUUCUAUGUAAUAUGCAAUAUGUUGUACUUCUUGUCGGAGUUUCAGAUUUUAUUCACUUUGUUUGACGGGCCUUCUGAUCUCCUGGAAAUAAAAAGAUUUGUGGUGUUUUUGUAGAUUAAAAUCACCAAAGCAAAUAUAAACAAUAACACUAAAAAGUGAACAUAUUACAGUUUAGUUAGUUUAGUUAAUAUUUCAGUUCAGAGUUACAAACCAUGGCAACAAGUGCAUCUGAGCCAUGUUCAUCACUUUUUAGUGUCCCCUGGAAACAAUAUUAACCGUCCUCUAAUCCUCAUGGUCUUUCAGUUUUCAAAUUACUUUUACCUCUUGUUCGUGUGGACUUUCUUGAUAUAUUCGUGUAUAAGUGAUUUUAAAAGUGAAAUUCAAAUGUUCAGGAUUAGUUUAAAUACUUGUAAGUUAAUGUUAAUAUAGACAGAUGAUAUUUCUUUUUUUUUCAUUUUCACUUUUGUCAUGUUAUAUUAUUGAUAAUGAUGAUAUCCAUGCAACAAUUUUAUGUAAAUCAACACUUUCUGUAGUGGAGAUACAUUUGGAAAUAAUGCUAUCAGACCGAAUAAAGUUUUAGCUUGCAGUGGUA